AUGAUCCCCCCGCAAAGCUCACUAGUGAAGUACAAUAACCCGAUCCUUGUAAGUUCUAGCAAGGAUAAGGCACUACUGAAAGGUAAAAGGCCUGGCGCUACCAAGUUCGGAAACCAGCCGCCGAAUGGUGACUCGAAUGGAUCAGGGGCUCCACCAGUACUCAAGCCGACGGUGUUCACCGGCAGUAACACUCACAGUGGUAAUCCUACGGAAGAUAUACUGAAUUCGAUCCUACCACCGAAAGAAUGGACCGAAGACGGACAGCUGUGGGUACAAUAUGUGUCGAGUACCCCAGCAACAAGACUGGAUGUGGUGAAUCUGCAAGAGCAGUUGGAUCUGAGACUGCAACAGAGGCAGGCAAGGGAGACCGGUAUCUGUCCCGUUCGAGAAGAACUCUACGCUCAGUGCUUUGAUGAGCUGAUCAGACAGAUCACGAUCAACUGCUCAGAGCGAGGAUUGUUGCUGCUACGUGUGCGUGACGAGGCACGGAUGACCAUUGCUGCUUACCAGACGCUGUACGAGUCCAGCAUCGCGUUUGGAAUGCGUAAAGCGCUUAUGGCUGAGCAGAAGAAGAUGGAAGCAGAGCAGCAGAUCCGCACCCUCGAAGGUGAACUACGAGACUUGACGUCGCAGAUUGAAGAGCUGAGCACGAGAUGUGAGGCUGUGGCACGUCGCGAGGAGGAGAAGAAGGCUCAGGAUGAGAAGAAACAUCAAGAAGAGGUGGAAUUGCUGCGUAAGAACAACGAUCAACUCAAAGCGAGUCUUGAGAGCAUGUUAGCUGCUCCCAAGUAG